CGACUAUAUAUCAAAUCAUAUGGUUCUUAUCAUUUGAUCUUGAUUUGUUUUUUAUUAACAUUAACAUUUUGUAGAUUUUCCAAUUGUACAUUAUACUGUAUGCCGAUUCGAUAAUCUCUUAGGUAUGUUUCGUACAACAAUAUUGAGAAGUGCACCCUGUGCUCGUUUAGUGGUUUCGGGACAAUGUCGACCGAAUUCGAAUGCCCCGCCAUCCAAGCUUGAAGUAUUUAUCGAUGACAAAAAAGUACAAGUUGAUCCCGGCACUACUGUACUACAAGCUGCUGCCCUGGCCGGUGUAGAAAUACCCCGAUUUUGUUAUCAUGAACGCUUGGCAGUCGCUGGAAAUUGCAGAAUGUGUUUAGUUGAAGUAGAAAGGUCUCCAAAACCCGUUGCAGCAUGUGCUAUGCCAGUGAUGAACGGAUGGAAAAUAAAAACAAACUCCGAGUUGACUCGUAAAGCUCGUGAAGGUGUUAUGGAAUUUCUUUUAAUGAACCAUCCAUUAGACUGUCCUAUUUGUGACCAAGGUGGUGAGUGCGAUUUACAAGAUCAAAGUAUGGCGUUUGGUAGUGACAGAUCACGCUUUGUCGACAUAGAUUACAGCGGCAAAAGGGCUGUCGAAGACAAAAAUAUUGGCCCACUUGUAAAAACAAUUAUGACUCGUUGCAUACAUUGUACUAGAUGUAUACGUUUUGCUUCAGAAGUUGCUGGUGUCGAUGAUUUAGGCACUACAGGCCGAGGUUCAGAUAUGCAAGUUGGAACUUACAUAGAAAAAAUGUUUUUAUCUGAAUUAAGUGGUAAUGUAAUUGACUUAUGUCCAGUUGGAGCGCUUACAAGCAAACCAUACUCAUUCACUGCUCGCCCCUGGGAAACCAGGAAAACAGACAGUAUAGAUGUUCUAGACGCUUUGGGCAGUAAUAUUGUUGUGUCCACUCGUGCUGGCGAUGUGAUGAGAAUUUUACCACGACUUAAUGAAGAUAUCAAUGAAGAGUGGUUGUCAGAUAAAUCUCGAUUCUCAUACGACGGUCUCAAACGUCAACGACUUAUCACUCCGAUGGUCAAAGACAGUAAAGGAAAUUUAGUACCUGUGGAAUGGGAAGACGCUUUAGUGACUGCUUCGAGAGUUUUGAUGAAAGCUAAUGGCGAUGUCGUGGGGGUAGCUGGUAGUUUGUCAGACGCAGAAUCAAUGGUAUCGUUGAAAGAUUUACUUAAUAGAUUAGGCAGUGAAGAACUGUAUACAGAACAACCAUUCCCAGUAGUUGGUUCUAGUACUGAUUUAAGAUCAUCGUAUCUUUUCAAUAGUAGCAUUUCAGGACUGGAACAAGCUGAUUUAGUCCUUUUAAUCGGCACCAACCCACGUUAUGAAGCACCUUUGAUAAACACUCGUAUCCGUAAGGGAUAUGUUCACAAUGAGUUAAACAUCGCAUUGUUGGGUCCAAAAGUUGAUCUGUCAUACGACUAUGAACAUUUGGGCGAUUCAGCAAGUACUCUCAAAGAGUUGGCCGAGAAAAAACACGCAUUCUUUACAAAAUUAUCCAAAGCCAAGCGUCCAGUUAUAAUUUUGGGAGCACAACAAUUUGAAGGUCCAGAUGGCGAAGUUUUCUUAGCCCAGGCUCAGCAACUAGCUCAAGAGUUAACCAAAAGUGCGGAGAAAGGAUGGAAAAUUUUGAAUAUCUUACAACAAGUUGCAGGACAGGUGGCAGCAUUAGAUAUAGGUUAUAAACCAAAUGUCAAUUUGGGUUCACCUAAAGUUCUAUAUUUGUUAGGAGCCGAUAGUGAAGCUGUAACUAAAAACAAGCCUUCUGGAACAACCAUUAUCUAUCAAGGUCACCAUGGCGAUGCUGGUGCUGCAAUUGCUGACAUUAUAUUACCAGGAGCAGCUUAUACUGAAAAACAAGCUACCUACGUUAAUACCGAAGGUCGUGCACAGCAAACUUUAAUGGCGGUACAACCACCUGGAAUGGCACGUUCCGAUUGGAAAAUUAUUCGUGCAAUAUCUGAGGUUGUUGGUACAAAGCUACCUUACGACACCCUUAACGAGGUCCGGGAUCGUUUGGCUGAUGUUUGUCCCAGUUUAACUAGAUACGGCGACUUAGAACAAGCUAAUUUUGGAGCACAAUCAUCCGAUUUAGUUAAAGACUUGGUAUCCAAGUGCGUUAGUUCACCUUUAAAAGUAAAACAAACAGAAUUAGAAGAUUUUUAUAUGACCGAUUCUAUUAGUCGAGCUUCGCCAACCAUGGCCAAGUGCAUACAAGCUGUUAGAAAACAAAAAGAGUCCAAGUAUUAUGAAAGUCGGAUUUAAAUAUUCUUAAAUCAGUAAUUUAAUUAAAUGUGCUAACCCGACAUUCUUGAAUACAUGUACACGUUGGUUGGUGUAAACCAAUAACAUUUUUAUUACGAUUAUUAUUACUAUAGAAAGUAGAAUGUUGUUUCAUUUUGAAUUUUAGACCAACAAUAUAAAUGGAUGCAAUAUCCUUGUAAAAACUA